AUGGAGGGAGAACAGCAGCAGGAGGUAAAUUUUGGGAACAGCAACAUCCUGUGUGGAGAGCGGAAAACGCUUCACUGGGCAUUUUGGUUUAACAAAAUUUCUGAGAGGCUGCUGUGCUUGAGCUGCGGAAGCAGAAAACCAAAGCACCCUGAGAUCUUUUGAGAGAGAAGCAUGAGUUACUGUGGCAUGUAUUACAGUGGUGCCUCGCAAGACGAAAAGAAUCCGUUCCGCGAGUCUCUUUGUCUUGCGGUUUUUUCGUCUUGCGAAGCAAUCCCAUUUGCGGUUUAGCGGAUUAGCGCUAUUAGCGGCUUAGCGGGCUUAGCGGAUCAGCUGAUAAGCGGCUUAGUGGCUUAACGGAUCAGCUGUUAAGCGGCUUAGCGGAUCAGCUGAUAAGCGGCUUAGCGAUCAGCUGUUUAGCGGCUUAGCGGAUCAGCUGAUAAGCGGCUUAGCGGCUUGGGAAAAAGGGGGGGGGAAGGAAAAAAACCCCGCAGGAACUCGCAAGACAUUUUCGUCUUGCGAAGCAAGCCCAUAGGAAAUUCGUUUUGCGAAGCACCUCCAAAACGGAAAACCCUUUCGUCUAGCGGGUUUUCCGUCUUGCGAGGCAUUCGUCUUGCGGGGCACCACUGUACUUGUAGGCAGGAACUAACCCAAUAAGAAGUUUAACGUAUUGUGUUGCUCUGCAGCCUUCUGCCUUAUCCAGGGUAGAAAGGGCAAACCUAUGUCCCUGCAGAUGUUAAAUUCCAGCUCCCACCAGCCUCAGCCAGCAUGGCCAACGGUCAGGGAUGAUGGGAGCCAGUCCUUCUUUUGAAGAUAGAUAAGCGGCGCUGGUUCUCAUAUCACUAUAAAAUAACCCCUAGUGCAUAGCCGUCAAGCGUCCCUUAUUUGGCGGGACAGUCCCUUAUCCCAGCGCCAUGUCCUGCUGCUGUCCCUUAUUGAUGAUGUCCCUUAAAUAACCUACUGAAGGUAAUGGGGCCCUUUCUAUGGCCAGCUGUCCUUUGUCAACAACAAAUUGUUGCUGUUUUUUUGUGUUGAAUAUAUGCUAUAUGGUAAUUUAUGGACCUAAUAGGUAUCUAAAGCCAUUUGCAUGCAACAAAAUAUGUAUUUUAUCAAAGUAAUUGUUGAUCCCUUAUUUUGGCUGCUGAUCCCUUAUUUUCGAGGCUGCUGGUCCCUUAUUUUCAAAUCUGUAAGUUCACAGGCUCCCAUUUCUGCCUUAUGUAAUUUGUGAAUCUAUGGGUGUAUUGCAUUAUGGGGAAUUUUAUUUAUUUAUUUUUAUUUAAAAACCCAACAUGUCUCAUGACUACUUUGUAUCUGAAGGCAGCCCUGUUUAGGGAAGUUUCUAAUGUUUGCUGUUUUAUCAUGGUAUUAAUAUUCUGUUGGGAAACCCAGUCUGAUGGGGUAUAAAUAAUAAAAUUAUUAUUACUAUUAUUAUUAUUAUUAUUAUUAUUAUUAUUAUUAACACCACUAAUACACCCCAAUGAGCAAAUGUGUGCACUCACCCAUUGUCUUCUAUGGAGAAAGCAGUAUGGGUUUAUUUUAUGCCAGCAAGAUAGCAGAGAUAGUGUGCUUGUUUUGCUGAGUCCUCACACAAACCCUACAGAUGUAUUUUGAGCUGUUAGUGACUUGAAAUCACAGCCACAUCAUUCUAGCACAGAUCUCCACAAAGUGAAGUAAUUGUGCUACAAGAUGCAAAACAAACUUGCCUUGUAGCCCAGACUGUGUUUUAAGUUUAUCAGCUUCUAGCAUUUGUUAGAAUUGUCGAUUUAUCCGUGCACAGAACAUGCUUUAUUCAAGCUCUUCUUUCCACUCGCACCAUUCACCCCUUUUCUUAAUCCAACACAGAUGGCUGCAGAACCAGCGCCUUCACCUGAGGCACAAGGAGAUGGGCCGAAAGAAGCUGCGGGCAUUGCGUCAAAUAUUUGUAUGUAAUAGUUGUGGAUAGCAAAGCCAUUUUGCCUCCCACGUCUUGCCUUGGUUUAAAGCAGUUAAUGGCUAGAGUUUGGGAUGGGGGAGGGUUAAGUCUAGUCUACCUAUGCAGUGGCAGAGCUUGGUAGAAUGGACUGUACCACUUUAGAAUGGACUGCACCAUUCCAGUAUGUGGAGUGAUGAUAGUCGUGUUUUGAGCGCUUGUCUCUAGAGGACCAGGGGCAACCAGGAAAGUGGACAGCUGGGACCUUUUCCCUUGAUGUUUUUGUUUUUACUUGUCAGGGAGGCAUUCAGAAAUGAACCUUCAGUGGUACAGUCCAGGCUGCCAUCUUGUUGUAAUGCAUGCGAGGGCGAGAUCCUAAGGCACAUAGGAAAACUUAACUAGCAUGGGCACAAGGUCUAAGCCUGAAAUCCUAAACACACUUUCUAGGUAGUAAAAAAGGUAAAGGACCCCUGGGCGGUUAAGUCCAGUCAAAGGCGACUGUGGGGUUACAGCGUUCAUCUCGCUUUCAGGCCAAGGGAGCUGGCGUUUGUCCACAGACAGCUUUCCAGGUCAUGUGGCCAGCAUGACUUCUGACGCAAUGGGACACUGUGACGGAAACCAAAGCGUACGGAAACGCCAUUUACCUUUUUGCUGCAGUGGUACCUAUUUAUCUACUUGCACUGCCGUGCUUUCGGACUGCUAGGUUGGCAGGAGCUGGGACAGAGCAAUGGGAGCUCACCCCGUUGCAGGGAUUCAAACCGCCAACCUUCUGAUCAGCAAGCCCAAGAGGCUCAGUGGUUUGGACCACAGCACCAGCUGCAUAAGCCCCAUUGAGAACCCUGGAAAUUGCUUUGGAGAAAGCAUGCAUAGGAUUGUGCUUUAAGUUAAUGAGGAGGCGGGGGAAUGUGGGCACCACAUCUUCUCUGGGUACCGCUCUUUGGGGUAUUAUCGCCAGCAAUGUGUCUGGACCCUGUUUUAAUUAGAUGACUAGCUGAAAUAUUUUUGCCCUGCCUUUCGAUACAGAAUUUCAUGGUGUACUUAAAACAGUUGAGCAGAGUUCUGUAAAGCAAUAUUUUCAGCACCAAUGGAAUCAUCAAGCUGCUUAUGGAAAACCCAGUAUGCUGGGAAGAGAAUUACUCUCUUGAUGGGAUGUUGCUGAUUCUGGGCACUUAGGUACCAAGGAUGCUAACCGCCUGAUUUGAGGCCAGCCAGCGUUUCUGAGCUAAAUUUAUUUCACAGGGUUGUUGUGAGGACAAAAUAGGUCUUUGGAGGGAAGGCAGUUAUAAAAUAAUGUGAUAAAACAGCUACAGUUGAUCCAUAUCUUUAUUUCAGACAUUUGUGUUCUGCCUUUUAGGGCCGUACAGUCCUCUGAAGGCAGUUUACAUUCCCCUACCCCCCAAAAAAUAAAAGUAUAAUGCCAUAUUUAUAAUAGCAUUAAUGUUAUCCUGUGUAGAGAUCUUGUAAGAAAACAGACUGUUCCUAAAACAAAGGUUAAUGCUGUAUAACACAUGAAUUAUAAACUGUGUCGGCGCCAAAGCAGGAAGUAUUUUGUGAAAAAAUUGCCUCUGCAAAGUGCAGCUCCACCCCCUAUACCAUCCCCAGUUUGAUCAUGGAGAACAGGCUGAGAAUUAUCUUGACAAUGCCCUCCUAUUCAGAGUCAAGGAAGCAAGCCUCCCCGUCCCUCUGGUAUGGCUUGGCGACUUCAUGCAGCCAGAUCUGAUUAGCACUGUGACGGUAUUGCUUCUAUGAGAAGCUCCUGCUCUGUUUUUGUUUUUAAUUGGCACCAGCUCUGGAUUGGGGCCAGGCAGGGGGGAACAUUGCUGCAAACAUGAAGUGAGCAGGGCACAAAAAGGGCAAGGAAGGUGGUGGUUUGGGGAUAUUUUUCAAACACACACACACACUUAUCCUGAAACCCUCCCAUUUGUCACCAGAAUGAUUAUGGUCAAAACUUUGACCUGGCCCCAUUUAAACAUUGUACAGUCAUACCUUGGUUCUCGAACGCCUUGUGACUCGAACGUUUUGGCUCCAUUUAAACAUUAUACAGUCGUACCUUGGUUCUCAAAUGCCUUGUGACUCGAACAUUUUGGCUCCAUUUAAACAUCAUACAGUCGUACUUUGGUUCUCAAACACCUUGUGACUCAGACGUUUUGGCUCCAUUUAAACAUUAUACAGUCGUACCUUGGUUCUCGAACGCCUUGUGACUCGGACGUUUUGGCUCCCGAAUGCCGCAAACCUGGAAGUGAGCGUUCCGGUUUGCGAACGUUUUUUUGGAAGCCAAACGUCCGACUGCUGCUUCCACAGCUUCCAAUUGAGUACGGGAAGCUCCUGCAGCCCAUCAGAAGCCGCGCCUUGGUUUUCAAAUGUUUUUGGAAGUCAGACAGGGUUCUGGAACGGAUCUCGUUGGAGAACCCAAGGUACGACUGUGGUCGAUUGAUAUCCUUUUCAUAGGUAUUGCGGCAAAGUGGGAGAUGAAUACGCGAACUAAACAUGAAUUUGUUUAUUCAAAUUAUAUGCAGCUGAUGCAGAUGCUUUAAAAAUACUUUUGGAGAUGAAGAUGAAGAGAAGAAAGCAAAAGCCCAGCCUCCCAAGCACCGUGACCGAACUUUCCACUGAGGAGGGCUCCAAAGUAUAUGUUGUUGGCACUGCUCACUUCAGUGAUAGCAGCAAAAGAGAUGUAGUGAAGGUAAAUCUUUUUUUAAGAAAAUAAUUGGGGCCUUAAAAGCUUUCCCCCCACCCCUCUUGGGGCCGGAAGUUCACCUUUGAAACCUUGCCUAUUUUUGUAACGCGGAAAAGGAUUACAUUUUGGGUUGGGAAUGUAGCUGCAGUCAUGGAUAACUUUACAGUGGUACCUCGCAAGACGAAUGCCUCGCAAGACGAAAAACGCGCAAGACAAAAGAGUUUUCCAUUUUUUGAGUCGUUCCGCAAGACGAAUUUCCCUAUGGGCUUGCUUCGCAAGACGAAACGUCUUGCGAGUUUGUUUCCUUUUUCUUAAAGCCGCUAAGCCGUUAAUAGCCACUAAUAGCCGUGCUUCGCAAGACGAAAAAAGCGCAAGACGAAGAGACUCGCGGAACGGAUUAAUUUCGUCUUGCGAGGCACCACUGUAUAUAGAACCAAUCCGUGCUGAGGUUCUAUCAUGUAUACUGUAGUCUUCUCCCAUAUUACUCAUCCUGAUUAUAAACCUGUGAGGAGAUAAUCUUAUCAUCCAUGUUUCAAACAAAGCUGCAAAGACCAGGAGUUGGGUAGAAUUUAUGAAGAUGGAGAAAUUCUGGGGAAUGAGGAGGUCAGUUUCCUGUUUUCUCUGCAGAGAGCUGAUAUGGGUAAUUUGGCAGGAGGAGGGCACUGAAAAAUCUCUUGAAUUUGUUUGUUUUUACUGUUUGGCAAUAUUCUUUCUUUUUCCUGAAAUAUUUUAAAGUCCUUGAGCUGGUAACAGCAAAAUACAAAAAUGUGUAAUUAAUAAAUAAACACAUUCUUUCCUGAGAGUUUUUCUCUUUUUAGAUGAGAAACCUUAUAUUCUCCUCAUAAAUGAAAAACAAUUUUAUUUAAAAAAUAGUUUGUGGAUUGGGACUCUGCUACUAUAUGCUUGGGAGAUUGCUCCCAGGAAAACAUCAGUACUGCAAGCAUGCAACUGAAUCCGUAUUUUUCAGACAAUACAAGAAGUACAGCCUGACGUGGUCGUGGUUGAGCUGUGCCAAUACAGAGUUUCUAUGUUAAAAAUGGAUGAAAAGACAUUGCUAAAGGAAGCCAAAGAAAUCAAUCUGGAGAAACUUCAGCAAGCUAUAAAACAGGUAGGAGUUCUUCAGUGACAAAAUCAUCUGUCCGUUUGUAUGCAAAAUUAAAAUACUGCUUUCCUAACUUUAAUCUGGCGCAGUCAAGGCUUGUAUGAACAUGCAGUUAAUUGCACAGCCAAUCCCAUUCAGGGCUUUGUUCUAUAUAGGGAGUGUUAAAAAAGCAGGAGUAUGCAGGGACUAGGUUUUCAGUGGAGCAGAGCUCUACUGUACGUUUAUGUAAAACCAAAUAACAGGAUUAAAGUCCAGUAUGAUACCCAUGCAAAAAUUCCAUGCAGGUAAACAGCUAGAGGGGGAGGCUAAAGGAGGAUGGUGCAACAAAAUAUGGUCCUUUGCAACAGCAGAAAAUCUUCUCUUAAUCAAAAGUCAAAUAAUGAGACUCUCCCCCGUGGCAAGAAAUGGCUCGACUUUUAUUUGUUUUAUACAUUCUGAAAGCAAGACUCUAGUCCAGCACGGUACACUGGUAUCUGGAACUUCUUGCUGCCUCUUCAAUAAGCUUUUCCAAGAUGUAAAAAUACAUCCCUGAACUGCCACUAAUUUCCUGUAGAGGAUAUGCAAGUGAUAAUAUCACAAUUGCCAUUCUAGUUAGUCAGUUUAUAUAUUCUGUUGUUUUAUUUCAGGUAAUCUCUGUUUCUGUUAGAAAAUUUGUUUAUUUAUGUCUAAUUUUGCUGCAGGAUAACACUUUUCUUUUUAAAAUGUCAUAACAUUAAAAAAACACUUAUUAUUUAUUUCAUUUCUAUACUGCUUUAAAUUUUUAAGAAAAAUCUUACAGCAUAUUAAAACAUCAAUAAAGCAAUUCAGAAUCAAGCAUUUCUGAAGAAAGGCAAACAUAGAGUAUACAGUCAAAGCAACAUAAUUAACAGAAAACUAAAAUGCUAUUUUAAAGAUUUCAAAAUAAAACAUUACAAAGGAGGUCAACUUAGAAAUAAAAAACACACAUUUAGGUGACUAAUUUAGUGAAUGCUUUAGUUUGUAAAGGGUGCUGAGAGUUCUUGGGAGACACAGAGCUGCAAUUCACAGAGUGGUUAACAAUCAAUCCCUCUUCCCAAGGAACUCUGCGUACAACUGAGAGACAUUUAGAUGGCCAAAGCAAGCCAUCGCGUUCUGUUUUUAGCAAAGGGUUAUGGCUUAUGUACAGUAGUUUUCAGAAAUCAGAUGGAUUUGGACAGUCAGGAAAGCUGUAAAAUUACAACUGAUGUGUGUUGCACAUCUUCGACACGAUGAAGUUUCCUCAGUGCCCUUGGCAAGCAAGACUUCACCUUGCAAAUGUUUCUAACUGUCCCGGGAACGUCCAUUGCUUGAGAGCAGAUCUGUUGGCAUUUGGAAAGCUGUCCGCCUAACAGAAAACUACCGCCUAAGUUGGAGCGAGGAGAAUGGUUAGCCAUUGACUUGUGACUCGGCACGAAAGCAACAGUUUCUCCUUCCUGGAUCAUUUUUCACAGCAUUGCGACAUAAACUCUGCCACACAAAAGAAAGCAGGAACACAGGAGUUUCUAGUUUUUCUCUAGGGGUGAGCUAGAAUUGUUUUCCAGCAUAUUUCUCAGUGUGAACCUAAAAGAUACGGUACUUUGUCCAAUGCUUUUAUCCAAUACAGUCACCUGCUUAAUAUUCCAAAACACCCUUCACACUCCUUGUGUAAAGGUAGAUAAUAGAUAUCUGGCAAAAAGGUCAUCUGUAAAUAUCAAACUGAAACCAAAUGUAGAUUUUUGGCAACUAAGUAAGUAGGUUGGUACUUGUGAGGGAAGGCUGUUUGGUUGCAGGAGUAACAGGAGCUAAUUGGUGACAUGAGAUUUUCCUGCUUCUAUAUACUUCCUCGACUAGCUGAUUUUUAAAACCCUCAACUCUGAAACUAUUACGUACAUGCUUUAAGUAUUUUCUACACUUUCAGUGUAAAGCUUUGUUUGUACUGUGUGUGCGUGCUUCUAAAUUGUGCAAAUGUUGCAAUCCCCCCCCCUUUUUAUGCAAUAGGUAAAUAAGUCUAUGCCAAUCUGUUUUAAUUGCAAACCUAUGCAAGGAAUUACCCUUGCUAUUUGCAUACUCAAGUCACUUUCUUCUCUCGGGCAGAGGUGGGUGGGUAGAAAUAAUAAUUAUUACGCCACCAGACAGGUUAAUUUAGUGCUAUUUUCUACUCUGUUCCUCCACAAGGAAACAAAUUAGCAGAUGUCUAAAAGGCUUCUUAGCAACGAUGCUGUAUAUAUAUACAUGUUGAAAUAAGGGGGUUUGUGUUCAGCAAUAAAUCAGCUCCCAGAGGCGGACUUGGUGUUUUACUCCUUGGCCAGCUGUGUUUCAUCACAGCUCUUAAUGGCACCGUGCAUCUUGUCUUUUCUAGUAAUCUGUAAAAGGUUAACUCGUUCUUUUUUAAUGGUUCUUCUUAUGAUAGAAUGGAGUCAUGUCUGGGUUGAUGCAAAUGCUGCUACUGAAAGUCUCUGCACAUAUCACAGAACAGCUGGGAAUGGCUCCCGGAGGAGAGUUCAGGGAGGCUUUCAAAGAGGUGAGACUUUUCUUUCUUCCUUCUUUUAAGUGUGUGAUUUUGUGUGCGAUUUCGCCCCUGAGCUAAAAAACGCUGAGUGAAUUGUGGGAGGCUGGCAACGGCAGAAACCGGUGAGGGUUUCACUUGGGCCAAAUUCUUUGUGCUGUAUUCUGUCUCUUAAAAACAAAUCAAAAUCUGGAAAAUAAUAAUAAUUACCGGUUCAAAGAACAUCUGGUUUUUAAUAUCUGGGCCUCACAUCUACCGUUUUCAGUCUGAUUGUCUAACGCUGGCAAAACAUAAUGAAAGCUGUAAUAUGAAUGGUAUCCUUUGCGGCUGCCGAGGGAACUUUAAACAUAUCAGAAAACUGAGUGUGUGAUUCAUUUUGUCCCAUGUCUCGGCUGCUAGGCUAAUAGAUUUUCGGGUAGCAAUUAAGCCAGAUACAUCUCUCUUUAAGAACAAAAACAAAAAAAAGGUGGGAGUGGGAGAAAGUUUGUGUUUUCAUAAGGGGAAAACUGGGGGAGGAAUUCAACAUUGCACUAUUUUGAUUGUUUCAAUCCCCCCUCUCCUCUUCCUAUGAUGCUGUUCUGAACCUCCAAAUUUGGGGGGCGCCAUGGGGGGUGGGAAGGGAAGGAAGCCCCCUUAAACUAACAGCUGCCCUUCCUCUGGCUUCCAUCCUGGAGCCUUUAAAUAUUUUCAAGUUGGGUGAGCAUCUGUGAACAAUUCUGUUGUACGUAACAAAUUUUGUCUGAUUCCCCCUGUCAAUAAUCGCGCAAAUCAUCUCAUAAAUUUGAAUUUAUUUUUCUUGAGAGAGGUGUUAGAACUAUUACCAUAAUCCUUGGCCAAUAUUAAAGCGUUUUUUUCUCACUGCAUAUUAAAACAUUUUUCUCAAUGGGUAUUGCAGUUGAUAAUUUUGUUUGUUGGCUAAUCUUUAUGGAUAUAUGAUCUGUAUUGUUUAUUGGUACUGCUUCUGCGGGUUUGUCAUGGCCUUUAGCUAGAACAAUAAACUUAUAUCCGAUCAGCUUUGGUAAUUUGUAAUUAUUCAGUAUAGCUGUAAAUGCUGCCAUGAUAAGUUUCAACCCGUAACCACUUAUUUAUUAUUUCUACCACACUUUUUGAUGUAAAAUGCUGUUAAUGACAGUUAGCAAUGAAAUACAUAGCAAAAUGGGGACCAGUCAAUAAAGUAUAAGCAGUAAUUAGUGUAAAUGAUAAGUAACGAGCAAAGAAUCAUCAAAUUAGAGAAGAUGAAAAUUAGACAACAGCUGUCAACUAGUUAGACAAGUUGAGUGGUAUUCAACUAAGUUUUACCCAGGGUAGACCCAUUGAAAUCCAUUAGUUCGUUAAUUUCAGUUCAAACUUAGUAAGAUACCACUCACUACGAUUAAAAUGCAAAACAAGACAAAUCCACUCAGUAAUCUGAACAUCUCUUAAGAUACAACGGUUUUACCUGCCAACAUCAACAAAGUUUGGGUGCAGCCACAGAGAAGGCCCUGUCUUGAAUUCUUGCCCAAACGCUCAUCUUCCAUUGGCAGGACAAGAUCUCAACUGGGAUUGCAGAGGAAAGGUAGUCUCCUUGAGGUAGCCUGCCCCCAAGCCUUCUAGGCUAUAACCAGCACUUUGAAUUGUGCCCAGAAAUGGACAGUGAAACUGUUGCAUCUCAGAGAGGUCUGAAGACUUUGCUACUGCUACUCGUGUCCCUUUUUUCUUCUGCUUUCAACAAUUUCUCUAAGAGAAACCAAACCAUUUCUGAAAACCAGCUUAAUAGCCUGAUGUAAGCUAUGAAACCCUGAAAGAACCUUUGUGCAAGAAGCCUGCAUUGACCGAUAGCUAAACUGAAAAUGAUAUUAUUAUUAUUAUUAUUAUUAUUAUUAUUAUUAUUAUUUUAUUUACACACCAUGUGUAGUGCCUUAGCCUCCUGUUGUAUGUAAUGCUGACUAAUCGCUAAUGUGCAUAUUCAUCUUGCAGGCUAGUAAAGUACCUUUCUGCAAAUUUCAUCUUGGGGACAGGCCAAUCCCAGUGACCUUCAAGAGGGCCAUUGCUGCACUUUCUUUCUGGCAAAAGGUCAAGCUUGCUUGGGGCCUCUGCUUCCUUUCUGACCCAAUCAGGUAGGAAUGAGUGUGGCAACUCGUGGUUGGGUGCUCAGACUUGAGGCAGCCCUGGGGUAUAUCUUCUGAUGGCGCUGGCAAAUAUUUCUGGUGCCAGUAACAACAAAAGAAAGGGCAACCGUUGGAACAGGAGACUAGAGGCUCUCUGGGUAUUGUUGGGACUGCAGCUCCUGUCAACACCAAACUCCCUGUCCAACCCCUUUACACCCAACUGUAGGGACGCAGGUGACGCUGUGGUCUAAAUCACUGAGCCUCUUGGGCUUGCCAAUUGGAAGGUUGGCGGUUCGAAUCCCUGCGACAGGGUGAUCUCCCGUUGCUCUGUCCCAGCUCCUGCCAACCUAGCAGUUUGAAAGCAUGCCAGUGCAAGUAGAUAAAUAUUUACCGCUGUGUCGGGAAGGUAAACGGCAUUUCCGUACGCUCUGGCACUCAUCAUGGUGUUCCGUUGUGCCAGAAGCAGUUUAGUCAUGCUGGCCACAUGACCCGGAAAGCUGUCUUUGGACAAACGCUGGCUCCCUUGGCCUGAAAGCGAGAUGAGUGCCGUAACCCCAUAGUCGCCUUUGACUGGACUUAACCAUCUAGGGCUCCUUUACCUUUUUACCUUUUACUUUUAGACCCAACUGGUCACUGUGCCCUUCAGGUGAGGGUUGCCUGCACAUACCUUAUUUGGAGGUCUGUACUGUACAAUGUAGGAAUCUGGUUGGUUGAGACCUUUCCCAUCUGUAUUGGAUUUUUAAAUACAUUUAAUCACCUGUUUUGCCACCCUGGGUUCCUUUGGGAGCAAGGGUAGCAUGUAAGUUUAAUACAUAAACAUUCAUCCCGUUGAAAUGCAGGCAGCCAGCCCCCCCCCAUUUACAUGCAUUCAGUAUGUGCACAGCUGUGUAUACAAAUCGCGCCAGAUCCAGAAGUGACUCAGAAACAUCACUAAAGGAGAGAAAUGGGGGCAGUUAUCUGCAGGCUUUUUCCAUGGGAUUCAAUUACAGUGGUACCUCGGUUACAAACACCUCGGGUUACAAACGCUUCAGGUUACAGACUCCGCUAACCCGGAAGUAGUACCUCAGGUUAAGAACUUUACCUCAGGAUGAGAACAGAAAUCACUCGGCGGCAGAGGGAGGCCCCAUUAGCUAAAGUGGUACCUCAGGUUAAGAACGGUUUCAGGUUAAGAACGGACCUUCGGAACGAAUUAAGUUCAUAACCAGAGGUACCACUGUAUAUGCAAUUUCGCCGACGCGUGGAGUGCCUUGGAAUGUAACACACACCGCAUAAAUGGGGAUGCCUGUUUAAAAACGCCUCAUAAAAGGACAAGAUCCUACAAGCUGCUCUUUAUUUAAGUGCUCUUAAGAUAUGCCAAAUAGCCCUUAGGGUCAGUGAGUGUUCGGUGCCCUCUGUAAAACAUGCGUUUUACUCGCACAUCGAACAAUUGUGUGGUGGAUAGGGGUGCACUUUGAGGCCCGCCCCUGAUUCUUUCCUGUAAUCAUUGUUCUGUUGUCUGUAAGAAGUUCACGUGUAAAGGGGCAAUGUGAUCAGGAUGCCUGGUUGUGUGGAUGCCCCAGUUUCACAGAGCUCACACAUGUGACUGAGCUAUAGCUACGGGGUCGGGGGGUCUACUAGUCGGGAUUUUUGUCCCAGGUGAAAUUUCCAGAGGGGUGCCAUUGAGACUCCCAGCCUGUGUGUGUGUGUGUGUGUGUGUGUGUGUGUGUAUGUGUAUGCAAACACAUGUGGGGAGUGAAUUAAAGCCUAGUUUUGACCCAGGUGAAUUAAAGCCUAGUUUUGCCCCUGCAUAUGAGCAAGAGUUCAUAUGUUGAGUUGUCUUUACAGCUAGCUGUACACAAUGCACAGUCCUAAACGGCCUCAGUCCAAUAUACCUGAUGGAGCGUGUCCACCUCCAUCGUUCUUCCCGGACACUUAGGUCCAGCGCCGAGGGCCUUCUGGCAGUUCCCUCGCUGCGAGAAGUCAAGUUACAGGGAACCAGGCAGAGGGCCUUCUCGGUAGUGGCACCCGCCCUGUGGAACGCCCUCCCACCAGUUGUCAAAGAGAAAAAUAACUACCAAACUUUUAGAAGACAUCUAAAGGCAGCCCUGUUUAGGGAAGCUUUUAAUGUUUAAUAGGUUAUUGUAUUUUAGUGUUUUGUUGGAAGCCGCCCAGAGUGGCUGGGGGGACCCAGCCAGAUGGGUGGGGUAUAAAUAAUAAAAUAUUAUUAUUAUUAUUAUUAUUAUUAUUAUUAUUAUUAUUAUUGGAAGUGAAUGCAAUUGGUGGGGCUGAAAGCAUAGGCCCACUCCCCAGUCAUCAUGCCGUCGCCCUACGAGGGAGUAGCAUGUAACUAGGGCUUUGUUUACGCUGUGUUGGUAGUCAGUGAAUUAUUUUAUACAUUCAUACAUGGCUAGAGAGCUUUUUUCUAAUACACGUGCUUCUAUCUUGGCAGUUUUCAGGUUAUUUUUAUCCAUCACAGCAACAGCAGUGAGAUGUUCCUUUACCAUAAGCAGUUCUUUGCAUGUUUACAUUUCGGUGUGAUGUAGAUGCUUCAGUGCCUCGCAGCGCUAUUUUUCUGCUGCCGUGUAUGAGAAAUUGCAUUAUAUGCAGCAGUAGGUUUCUACCAUUUGCAACCGCCGUACGCCCAAGAGGAUCUCGUUGUCUGCAAUAGAAUGAGCAAUGUGUUUGGUAAGAAGGGCUGUUGGAGAAAUAUCAGGCACUACAGAGCUGUGAAAAAAAAGAAAAGACUGAGAAAAGGAGCUGUAGUCGCGUUGCAUAUUUAAACUGCGUGUAUUAGCAUCAUUUAUAUGCAAGAACUUUGCAAGGGUUCUGUAGCUCAGUAUAAGACAACUUCAUAUGUCUUGCAGAUACCAGAAUACAUCAGGUGCACAAAAUGGAAGAGAGAAUCCUGGGAUGGGUUUUCCUCCCACUAGGAAGGACUGUGCAAAUUAAGUGGCUUUUACCCCAGUGCUGGGGGGGGGGUGACCCCCCUGUUCCUUCUCGCCUAGCUUCCUCCCUGCACAAAUGGGGGCUGCCUUUGGUUUAUGCUAGGAAAGCCCUUCAGUUGUUAAGUUGUGGCCUGCAGGGAGAUUGACGGAGAGAAUGCACUAUUUCCACAAUACAGGCAGCAACCGUUUUAGCUGCGUCCAGUUGACACGCAAUCGCUGGUGCAUGGGUCCUUUUGCACCCAGAAGAGGGCGUAAUAGGGCUGUGCAUGUUUAUACACACCCCGCCAACAUGGGGGGGGGGGAUGGAGCCCCCACAAGAAAUUGCCUCCGCUUGUAAUAUAGUUGCGCUGCUUUUCCUCCCCUACAUUUGAACGCAAUAGCGUACCUGUUUCAGGCUGUGGCUGGAGCAAACAAGGUAGCUUUGUGUCCUUCAGAAACGUUGCAUUUAGAGAAAAUAAACACAUCCAAAAAGAGACUGCAGUCCGAAAGAUAUUCCAUAAGGGCUUACCGGGAGCCUAAUAAGAACAGAAGGAGUUGGAAUACUCCCCAAGUGGGAGAUACCAUAGCUGCUUCUGGAACUGCGUAGCUGUAAAUUACUAACACAAAUCGUAUUGUUUUACAUCUACUAGGCAGGGAAGGCCAGGGUUGGUCAACUUGUGGCCCAUUAUUGUACGUUUUGACCUUCGUAUACAGUUUACAAGUGGUGCUUCACUUUAAGAUACUUUGCAUGGACAGAUAGUAGUCAGAAAUACAGAUGGAGUUUGUGUCUUAACAGUUGGCCAGUUGAGAGCAAUGGGUAGUGGGUGGGAAUAAACAAUACUGCAGUUCUUUUAUCUCUCAGUGGAAAGUAAACCUCACUGAACUCAUUGGGACUUACGUCCGAGUAGAAAUGCAUAGGGUUGCAUUGCAAAAUAUGUCGUUUAGGUAAGCUAACCCAAAACUUGCAGUAAACUGUUAAUGCUGAAUACAAGGAGAGACUGCUUACAUAAUAAAUAAUCCUGACCACCACUAGGUUCGCCUGAUUCUGCUCUGAACCUCAGAGCACAUAUUUAAGAAUAUUUAAGAAUAUUUAAAAUAGGGGGCAUGGUUGCCUUUCUAUCCGCUAUGUGGGUAGCCCGAGUAAUAAUGUUACAGCUGCGUACCUUUGGAUCUUAUCCAAAAAUAUAAAAUAUUCAAAAUAGCAAGAUCCUGCAGAAAAUAUUUCCCCUGUCUUGAACACAGAAAAUGCAUCAUGGUGAGAAUUUUGCUCGAAGAAGUGCACAACAGAAGUUCUGUCUCUGGGUGUUUUAUACACUUAGGGUCAAUUCACACAUUCAUGUUCAUCGCCUAAGGGUGCAAGUGUCUGUCUCAUUUCUGGCUGCAGAUUUAAUUAUUAUUUAUUGUACUGGUUACCCCACCCACUCCACCAGAAUUUUCCAGGAUUGGGUUACUCCUAGGAAAAGUGAAUACAACAAAACAGAUAAAAAAACCCACACGCCACAAUACUAUACAAUAUGGAUCAAAUAAACCAGAUGGGGGUUUUUUGGUGGGGGGUGACUAACAGUAAUCAAACUGGGAAUAUGCUUAGAAGCUGUCCCCUAGUACUAAGUUGGACUAAGCUGAUGCUGGAACAAUUAUUAUCAAGUGAAGUCUAAUUGACAAGCUAAAAGGUGCAUUUUGUGCUCCUGCUGUUGUGUUUCGGCAGCAUCAAGGCAGAAGCGCAACACAGUUAUAACAUCAGAGCAAGGCUGAAGCUCUCUCUCUCUCUCCCCCCAAGGAAUUAACAUGUUAUAAUUAGAAUGAGGUUUAUAUGCUUUUACACAUCCAUACCUCCCACUCACUACUUGAGUGUGAAAGGGGUAACAACCAGUUUGAUUUUCCUUUCCACUGCACUUGCAGCGCAGAUGCCUGACAAUUUGUUUUUGUUUGUUUUUUUAAGAAAUGAAAAUUGAUUCCUUGGGAGGAAAGAGUUCUGUGCCAAAUUCUAAACUGAAUUUUUUAUGCAGUGCUUUUUAAUUGUGUGUGUGUUGCUGCUGCUGCUGCUGCUGUAUCUCCUUGUGAGCUGUCUUUCAGCAAGGCUUGCAAUAAACCCAGGAAAUCCAACUUGCUGAAAGCUAUACCAGACUGUACCCUUACCUUCUACAUUAGUAGCUAGCCUGUUGAGACAGGCAGUAAUAACAGGUUACACUUUCGGCUUCUUCUGUAAGAAAUAGUAAGUUGAAAGAGUGAAGAAAUCCCUCCAUCCAGAUUUUUAAAAAAACAAUUUUUGGCAUUCUUGAGGCUCGAAGGGCAUCGGUUUGGUUUAUUAUUCUUUCUCCUUUUGCUUUCGUUCAUCACUGAGAGCAUAAUGUAGACAUUGAAACUGUUUGUUUCAGUAAAGAUGAUGUGGAGAAGUGUAAACAAAAGGAUCUGCUGGAGCAAAUGAUGGCCGAGAUGAUUGGCGAGUUUCCUGAUCUUCAUCGGACAAUCGUCUCAGAAAGAGAUAUUUACUUGACUUACAUGUUGAAGCAAGCUGCAAAGCGAACAGAACUACCUCGUGCAUCCGAAGGUAAGUUAACAUUUAUGACUAAGAAUUGCACUCCUCCAGCGGUGUGGUUCUUCAACUAUGCUGCCUCUCAGGAAAUCUAGACACAUAUUUGUAGAUUAAUGUGCAACAUAGGGAUUAGUUCUGUUAGCCAACUAGCCAAGAGAGUGUUGCCACUGCCUGCUUGCUAAGUUUUUUCCUCACUGAGGUAGCAAAUGCUCUACAGUGGUACCUCGGGUUACAUACGCUUCAGGUUACAGACUCCGCUAACCCAGAAAUAGUACCUCAGGUUAAGAACUUUGCUUCAGGAUGAGAACAGAAAUCAUGGGGUGGCGGCGGGAGGCCCCAUUAGCUAAAGUGGUGCUUCAGGUUAAGAACAAUUUCAGGUUAAGAACGGACCUCCGGAACGAAUUAUGUACGUAACCAGAGGUACCACUGUAAUUGGCUGUGAAGAUUUGAGGGAAUUUUCCUCUGUAUGCUUCAUUUCCCUGCUAUGUUCAAGGCUUGAACUAAGACAAAAGCUCCCUGUUCCUUUCCCCUCAAAUUAUGCACUGUUUUGUUCAGUUUCCUCAGCCAAGACUUUUCUCUCUGAACUCUGUCUUCAUAAUUUAAGUGACUUUGCCAACAUAGCAAGACAUGUGAAUUGGCCCAAUAUUGCAGCCCAUCUGCAAAAUUGGAAUUAAAAGUAUUCUGAUUUGCAGGAUUAUUGAAAUGAGAGAGGUGACACUAUCCAUUUAGGAAUUCUAUGUACCUUUUAUAAAGGGGUCAUACGUUUUUAGAUAAUGUUCCUGUUAGAAGAACUGGCCAAAUUAGUAUUCAGCUUUUUUCAGAUCCAAGCCCAAACAUGGCAUAUGGGGACCCACUUCUGAAUUUUGUACCACGUGUUUGUAUUAUGAUAGGGCUACUGUGGGACCUGUCAGUCAGAAGUGGGUUCCGACUUAACAGCUAAUUGAUGCAUUAAACCAGGCAUAGCCAAACUUGGCCCUCCAGAUGUUUUGGGACUACAACUCCCAUCAUCCCUAGCUAACAGGACCAGUGGUCAGGGAUGAUGGGAAUUGUAGUCCCAAAACACCUGGGGGGCCAAGUUUGGCCAUGCUUGCAUUAAAUUAAUAAUCAAACCACCAUUGGCAAUCACUUGUUGAUUAGAUAGUUGUUUUUACCUUGCAAGCGAGGGAGAUGAAGAAAUAACCCCUAGUUAUGAGAACAACAGAUUUUUAUUUUCAAAUGAUUCCAUUGAACUCUCAGGGAACCUCGCAACUUAUCCUAAAGCAAUAUUAUAAUGUGGAAGAGCAGAGUGUGUUCUAUGCAUACAGAGCCUCUUGAGGUUAAUUCUCAGCACCUCCAGUUAGGGCUGGGAAUUAUCCUUUUCAGGGAAGUCUCUGUUGGUGUAGGCCAGGAUGGGAAUUCUAUGGCCUGCCAGAUAUUGUUGGACCACAACUCCCAUUCCCUAUAGCAAUUGGGAGUGCCAGCUGGGACUGAUAGAAGCUGAAAUCCAAUAACAUCUGGAGGGCAAUAUGUUCCCCAUCCCUGGUGUAGACAAAAAUGCUGUAUGGACCAAUGGUCUGACUCUGUAUAAGGCAGCUUCCUGUUUUGUUUUGUUUUUUAAAAAAACUAACUUAGGCAUUCAAUAAACUGGGGUUUUCUCUCUCUUAAUUCCUGAAGUAACUUCUUGAAUAGCAAGUCACCUGGCAGGUUUCAUUUUUAACCAUUCUGGAAUUGUAGGAAUAUGUUGAGUUAUUUUAUUUUAUUCAGUGUGUAGCAAUAAUACAUUCAAGCACUCUCUCAAUUUGCUUAUCCUCUGUAAAUGCUUAGGUUAUGUUUUUACACAGGCUUUAACAGCCUGCUGUGGUUUGGUUUGUAGUUCACUGUACCUUGGAUCCCAAACGCCUUGCGAGUCAAAGGUUUUGGCUCCUCAAUGCCGCAAACCAAGAAGUGAGUGUUCCAGUUUGCGAACGUUCUUUGGAACCCAAACGUCUGACGCGGCUUCCAAUUGGCUGCAGGAGCUUCCUGCAGCCAUACCUUGGUUUCCGAACAUUUUGGAAGUCGAACGGACUUCCGGAAUGGAUUCCGUUUGACUUCCGAGGUACCACUGUAUCCCUUUGUUUCUGUUUGAGAGCUGUGGCUGAAGAGAAUCCGAAAAAUAGUGGUAGUAAAUAUAAUAAACACAUUGAACAUGAACUUUUUGUUUAUGUUUCUUCUGCUGUCUCAGCUGAACCCAGAAGAUGCGUCCCGUCCAUUGUAGUUGGGGUGGUUGGAAUGGGUCACGUGCCUGGGAUUGAAAAGAACUGGAAUACAGACUUGAACAUCCAGGAAAUAAUGAGGUAAUUCUCUCUCUGGUAGGUUUGGACAUUUUUCUUAUAUGUUAUGAUUUCUGCAGUUAGCCUGGGGGCAGGAGGUAAAUAAAAGACAGUGAAUAGGUAUAGUGGCAGACUGCUAAUGACACUAAAGGUGGAACAGGAUGAACUCCCAGAGAUUUGGGUAAUGCUAAAAUGUCCUUGGUUAGGCAGGAAGUAUCUUCUGAGAAAUGAGUAUUUGGGAGAAAGCUUGUUGUGCAGUUUUCCCUACAGAACAAAUGACUGAAAACAAAGAUUAAGUAGCUAUGCAUUUUGGGUUUCUGUUUUAUCUAGGACCGAGGCCUGAGAUAUAGAUUGUUUCCUGUGAUCUAAAGGUUGAAAUUUGAUGCUCUGUAUAAAUAAAAUGGGGAAAGAGAGCACCCAAUUUUUUUUAAGGGUCUCUGGGGUGAAUAUUUCAAUGAAAAUAAUUAAAAGUGCAUCAUAAAAAUUAAUGUUCCUGUUACAGAACUAUAAACCUGGAAACUACCACAAGUAGAUAUAAUGGUGGCAUUCAGACAUUAUGCUGAGUCACCAUUGAGAGUAAUGGGAAGAAGCCAAACAAACCGCAAGCUGUAACCAAGAUUACAUCUUGACUUGUCACUUGUGGUUCAUUUGGGGGAGACGAACAACAAGACUCAGUUCAUAUGUAACCAUAAGCCAAACCACGUCUUAGCCACCAGUAGCACAGCAGGAGCAAAGCAGAGAAGUUUUUACUCUAUGCACCAGCCUGCUUGCCCAUUCAUACUUAACCAUCGUUUGGCUUGGAGUUGCAUGUGAACGAGGCCAUUUUGGCGUCGAAUAAAGGCUUCCAUUUCCGUUUUUCCUUAAACGCAGUUUGUCAUAUUAUUGGAACCACUAAAUUGUAGCUUAACAUUAGCCAUGCUUUGUUUGAAACAAAUCAACUUCAAGUCAUUAAUUAUGUUGUAAGAACAUAAUAAAGGUAAAGGGCAACGGAAACGCCUUCCCGCUGGAGCGGUACCUAUUUAUCUACUUGCACUUUGACAUGCUUUCAAACUGCUAGGUUGGCAGGAGCAGGGACCAAGCAACGGGAGCUCACCCCGUUGUGGGGAUUCGAACCGUCAACCUUCUGAUUGGCAAGUCCUAGGCUCUAUGGUUUAACCCACAGCGCCACCCGUGUCCCAUAAGAACAUAAUAAGAUCAGCCAAAACACUUCCCUCGCCCAGCAUCCUGUAUUUCACUGUGGCCAACCAGGUGCCUCUAGGAAGCUCACAAUCUGAAUGUAAGUGCAAUAUCAUACUCUUGCUCCUAUUAAUAAGUUGGGAAUUAAGAGUUUGAAUGGAAAGCUAAACUGUGGUUAAUGGAAAGCAGAACUGAAAGCUUUCAAACCUCCCACCUGCGUCAGCUGCCACACGUAAGAAUGAUGGGGUGGAAUGCAAAGCCUGAAGUUAUCUGCAGCUCAUUCUCAUCAUGCUAAAUACAGUUUUGACAUGGCAUGUGAAUGUAGCCAAUAAAUGCCCAUUUAGAUGAAGGUAGCUGUGCAAGAAAAAUCCAUCUGUGAUUUCCUCUCCAAGAUGCAUGAAUCAAUUAAUUUUACGGAAUCGUUUUUAUAUAUUGCAAGACUCAUUGUAAAAUGAAAAGAAUUUCAAAAAUCAAAUCCAUAAUAGUAUAAAUAAUUCGUAAGAUGUAUGUAACAAAUACUGCUGAUGUGGAGUGCUAGCUCAUGGCCUGAUCCAUGAAAGAUUAUUUUCAUUUAAAGCAAUUGAUAAUGUUUGAACUGUAUCGUGUAUGCUGUUACCCAAAAGAUAAGUGGUCAGAAUAGGGCAAAAUGGCCCUGUUCUGGUGGUGGUGGUGGUGGGGUGUGUGUGUGUGUGUGUGUGUGUGUGUGUGUGUAAGCUCAUUAGCUAUUACAUUGGCAAAAUUAAACAAUACACACAUAUUGCUGCAUGAUGCAUACUAGAUUCCCACCCAAGUAAUAAAGGUAACGGCAGACAUUUUAGUGUUAUAGGCAAGUAGUGUUAAGUAUUAAGUAUUUGAACAUAGGUGGAUGGUAAGUCUCUCCUCCCCCCUUCUCCUUUUUCCAGUGUGCCGCCUCCAUCAACCUCAAGUAAAAUCCUCAAGUUUGCUCUAAAGGCCACAGUAUUUGGACUAGUGGGCUACGGCUGCUAUAGGAUGGGACAAAGGACAGUUCGGUUUAUUCUCUCCAUGCCCGUUGCACAGAACUAUCUUCAGAAACUGGCAGAUGUCAAGCCUCAGCACUGA